ACUUGAUGUAUGGGGACAUAUAAUUUUACGGCUCUCAAAGCAUCCGUUCUGGAAAAAAAAUGGCGGCAAUAUCGAACUUAGUAAUUGUUUUCUAUAAAACGUAUGUAACAAUCAUGUGAAGUUAUACGGAGAAGUGGAAAAGGGAGAAUGGCAGGAAAGAUACGUCUUGCGUCAUCUGGAGGCGAUAUAAAGAUCUGGGACAUGCCAGAACUAAGUAUGGCUAAAGCAUUCAGCCCUCACUCGCAGCCUGUUGGUUCACUAUGUUGGAGCCCAAACGGUAUCCUUCAAGUUCAUGUAGACUUCUAAUUUAUGCUUUAUAUCGUAUGCUGUGUUAUGUGGUACUAAGCUCUAGUAUUUACUUUUCAAUGUUUUUUUAAGGCGUUGAACCUUCCACUUUCUUUACUUUCAAAGCAAAUCAUAGAAGGAGUUUCUUAAUCCAGUUCCCAGUUCGAUGUGUGAUGUUUCGAGCCGUUGUUUAUAAGAUUGUAUUGGUUUCAAUUUGCAUUUCAAUAGAAAUAACCUCUUAGUUUUGUUUGCCUUUUCAUUGAAAAUUUUUACUCGAGUAUCAAGCAGCGUAUGAUAUUUGACCUGCAGAAAAAAAGUAUAACGAACUAACUUUAUUUCCUAUUCGAACAUAGAUCUGUUUUCACUUGGCGCAGCUAAUGUUUGCCCAACACGAUUUGAGAUCAAAAUGUCUGAACAGUUGUAAUCUAUUUUAACAUUCUAAGACACCUUUAACUCAAACAGCUGACUAUAAUUGGCACCACGCAGCUUUCUCUUUUCGUGCAACCCCACACGUUAAUUGUGCAUGCAUGUUUCGACUCUAUUCCUAUUAAACUAUAUGUUUGUGAGAAAAAGUAUGAAAUUGCUGUAUGUAUACACAAUAAAUGUAUGGGGUAGGUAUUACAAAAAUUGCUUUAGGACCAUCUUGUGAUGUUAAAAUUCCAAUGACAUUGAAAUAUUUGUCUUCAGUUAAACUUAUGCUUACACCCUUAAUUUUGAGCAUCUUGCACUUUAAAAAUAAUGAAGCAAAAAGGAAUAGCCUACUGAAAAUGUGAAUUUCUUGCUGUGGAAACAUUAAUGACAAAAGAAACCAUGGUCGCUGGUGAAUGAAAUAUUUCAUUUUCUUCCCAUUUAGAAAUAUCUUCAUCAACUCCUUGCAUUUCUUUUCCAUAACCUAUUACAAUGUUGUAGAUCAAUCCAGUCCGUGAUGUAAUUGGGGCAAAGUUCUUAAAAAAAUGUAAAGCUAAUCAAGCCUAUGUUUUAUACAUUAUGUUCCAAAGUUAACACAUUUUUUCAGCUGUAUUUCCUUGACACCAAUAUUAGGUCAAUGUCUGGCCAGUGCUGCCAAUGAUAAAGUUGUCGUCACAUACGUAAAGGGGGAUGUGUAUGAUACAGCUGAGAUUAAUGCUGGGGUAAGUGUAUCAAAAACGUUAAUUCAAGGAUGUACCAUUGUGGUAUUAAUGUAGAAAAAUCCAAUCAAUAAAGCUGCAUUAGAACAAAAUCAUGUUUUUAUUGGCCAAAACUAUGUAGAACAUUAAAAGUGAAUCAAAAUUUAUCUUUACUUUUUUGUUUACAAUAUGAAAUACUGAAGCUCAAAAUAAUCCCUGCAAUUCUGACUUUGCACUGAAUCAAUGGUUGAACUGCUUUAUUGUGCAAAAUUAGCAAACCAUAUCUUGUGGGCUGUGCUUUAGUAGCGGUGAUGCCAUCAGUGGCCCUUUUCACCUUUCUUUUGCUCUUAGAUGAUAAGGAAAUCUUAGUUUAUUCAUAGAACGUCUUUGUUGGGUACUCUGGAGUUCACAGGUUCAGAGAAUUUGGCAGCUCUGGUCCCUUCAAUUUUUUCUAAGCGCACAACCUUGAACUUUCUUUUUCUCAGAAAUGAUAUGAUGCUGUUAGUUUUGCCAAAAAUGUUUGCAAAAAAUUAUCUUCAAGUAUUAAAUAUGUCAUUAUUUAAAAAAAAGGAACUGCUCCCAUUUGCAGGGUGCACCUGUCUAGCUAUUUAAUGUUGUAAUUUAUGCAGCUAAUAUUAAUAUUUUGGAAGAUUCUUUUGAUUUUCUAAUGAUGGUUUUACUUGAAACACUGAUGUUCACUUUUGUGGAUGAAAAGCUUGCAUCCUGUCAUGUUUCCAUUGUUACUAUUUCUAAAAUUACCUACCAGGUACUGUGAAUUAUAAAUAAAAUAUUAUCAUUAAUUUCAGGAAGGAAAUACCUGUGUUGCUUUCAAUUCGUCUUCUCGGUAUUUGCUGACUGGUGGAAAAGGCAAGACUCUUAAUAUUUGGGACAUGAAGACAAAAAGUAUAAAGAAAACAUAUAAGGUUUGUUUAUUGUUCAAAGUUUACCCAAAAACCAAAACUCUAGGACCAUGAGAAAUACGUUUGGUAAAAUCAUGGAAAAGGAAGUUUAUGGUACCUUGCAAGAUUUAUACUCACUGGUAUACUCAUUUAUACUCUAGUAGCAGGGGAAAGGUGUAACUUUACAGGAAAAUAUUUUGAAAGAGGCUCCACAUCUGAAUAAAAAAUAGUCAUAGGCUAUGGAAUGUUAGCCGAAUUCUGCGUAGCAAACAGAAUUCUCCCAUCCCUGAUGCCUCAUAAACACCUUGUAUACUGAAAUAGUAGUGUCUUUUUCUUUUAUGUUCCAUCAAGAAGUAGAAGUUACUUGAAAUAAAGUGCAUUGUUUUUAGCUUAAUUCCUAUUCAGUUUUUCGUUAACUUUUAAUUCUCCUCAUUUGUCAUGGUAGUUUACAUUUCAGCUGUUUAUUUUUUUUUUAGGAUCACAAAGAUGUAGUAUCCUGUGUUACAUUUAACUGGAAUGACACAUCCAUUGCAUCUGGCUCUGUGAAUGGUGAUAUACUGCUUCAUAAUGUCAUAUCAGGACAAGCCUCAGAUCCUCUCAGACUUGUUAAAACUCAGGUAUUUUAUGUCCUUACAGUUAUUAAAUAGUAAGUUGUGAUUUUCUUCAGAAAUUAUAGUGGGAGUUAGUUACAGUGUACGUUAAAAAUGUCAACAUUGAUUGAUCCAUAAGUACUUGAUCUUGUAUGUUCAUUGAUCUUUUGCAGGCAGUACGGGACAUUCAGUUUUCGCACUUUAAAAAGAGUUUACUUGGUGCUGUCAGUGAUGAUUCAGCUCUUAAUCUUUGGGACUCUAACACUCGCAAACUUUUCACAUCAUUUGCAUCAGAUCACAAGGCCCCUGCCACAGGUCUUAGUUUCUCCCCUAUGAAUGACAUGCUUCUCUGUAGUGUGGGUCUGGACAAACGAAUUGUGUUUUAUGAUGUACAGGGCAAAAAGUAAGUAUUUUGUUUAUGUAUGUAAUAUAUUUCACCACAACUACCUGAGAUAUCUAGCUAUAAUAAAUUCCUUAAGUCUUAAACAUAGUUUGAGCAUAAAAGUAAUGCUCAAAGUUCUGUGAUAUUUUAAGUUCCAAUUUUUCCUGUUUCAGGUGUUCUUGUCAAUGAUUUGCUUAUUAGUAAAUAUUGAAACCAGUCAUUUAAAAGCAUUUUAACUCAGGGCUAAAAGUUAGGUUGUGGUCUAGUUGAUGUCACAGAAACAGACAGAAAAGGAGGUCAUAUGCAUACAAAAUUAUGACUUAUGGCUUAAGUGCUUAUUGAUUCAUGACACAAACAAAAAAAGGAAAACACAUUAUCCAAUGAAGUACCAUGUAACUGAUUGUUGGUGGAUGUAACAUUCAGACAAUGUACCACGGCUGUCAUUAAAAUUUCAAGUUGGCCAGGUAAAUGAUACAAGUAAGCAGGGAAUCAAACAGCUAGGGAUAUUGUCUGGUUCUAUUUUUCUUCUAUUUUCCUACUAAAGUAGGCGGGGUAACAUUCAUACUAGCUGUGGAAAAUCCCCUUCCCUUCAUGACUGCCCUGCAAUGUACAGACAUAAAACAUAAACAAAAUCAUGUAAUAGUCAGUUAACAGUCAACUUACAUUGUUUAUGUUGGAGCUGCAUUAGCUAGGACUUCCUUGCUACUUGCCAGCUAUUUACUGAUAUUUAAGCCUUUGUGUUGUUAGAUCAGUAAAAGUUAUGACAGCAGAAGCACCUUUGACCUCUGUUGAUUUUAUGUCUGACGGAGCAACUCUUGCAGUUGGAUCAACUAGAGGUGAGUUACUAUGGAUUUCUUUCAGUAAAUUUACAUUUUCUUUAGUAUGUUGGUUUGCAUUUUCUUAAUUAGUAAAGCGUCUUUCUACCCAUAAAUUAAAGGUGCAUUCUGAUCCAUUUAAUAAUCAUACUUAAUGAACCAAUAAGUUAGCCGUAAAAUUAAACCGUAAAGUCAGUCUGUUUCUACUGUCAGUGGAAACACCGUGGUUCAAGUUGGUAACAUGUUUGGCUUGAGAUUGUGAGGUCAGGACUAAGUUAGAAAUGAACCUUAUUUUGUUCCACAGUGUUUAAAGGUUUAUUAACUGGGGACCUCUUUGUCCUUUCAAAGUGUGAAAACAAAUUAUUUUGAUGUAUAUUUGCCACCACAGUGGACAAAGUUUUGGGUCAAUUGUUUGCAUCAGUGUAUGACCGUGUCUUAGUCUAUGGCUUAUUGACAUUGGUAGAAUUAUGAUUCAGAUUUUUUUAUUACCUAUUGUAGGUAAAAUAUACAUAUAUGAUUUGCGCAGUGGGUCCACACCUGUCUCCACAACAGUAGCACACAAAACAUCUGUUCAAUCACUUGCAUUCCGGUCUUUAAGCAAGGUUAGUUUUUGUUUUCUUGCUCUCAUUAAGCUUUUCAAUUUAACUGUUACUGGUAAUUUAGUGCCCAUGGAGUUUAUUAUUUCAAGCACAUUUAAGAAGGGCUUGAUAAAGAGGUGGGCUUAUUAAAUUUAGAUACAUGCAUUACCAGUAGCAAAAAAAGGGAGUUAACAGACUAGAAUUAUGGUUGAAUGUGGAGCUUUAUUAAGUGACUAUAAUAUUAUAAUAUGUUUCACUCGAAAUUUACGAAUUACAAAAAUUGUAACAGAAGAUACCUGAAGAUGGUAUCAAUUCUCUAUUAGGAACUAGAACACAAAGUGGAAAGCUCAAGCACUUGAAAUUUGAGAACUACAUGUACCAGCAUGUGAAUAAACCAUAGCAGAUCCUGCAGCCCACAUUCUUGUAAUCAUGAAUCAUGUUGAUUUGUAUGGUCACCAGUUUGCUUGUUUUUACUACUACACAGAGUCGGUCUCACAUAUGUAAACUGAGUUAGCAACUCAGUAGCUACUAGACCAUUCAAAUAAUCAUCAUUUGUUUUUCUCCACAGGUUAAUAAUGCACCUACAGCCACCAGCAAAGGUACAAGAUCAAGUGCUGUGCUUAGUGGUAGACCACUAAAACCAUCAGACAAGCCUGAUGACACAUCUAUCCCCCCUCCAUCCUCGCCAACACCUAUGCCUGAGCACCAAGAUAACACUGCGCAUACACCAGUGAUAAAACAAAAUGGUGUAAAAGAGGAUUCGGAGGACAUCUUCUCACCCCUUAGAGAAAGUAUGUUAUUUUAAUUAGCAUUUUUUGAACGGGUUUAUAACAUUUUUAUACAAGGUCCAUCGCCCAAAUGUAAACCUGAAAGUAGGAAGGGAAUAAAGGGGGGUCAGUAAACUGUAAAGAGAAGUGUAAAAGAAAAAAGAAUGCAACACAGCAUCAUAAUUUUCCGAAAUUUCUAGAAACCACUUUGUUAGGCAAACCACAUUACAAUACUGCAGGAUAAAACAAAGAGACUUGAGCAAAAACCAUUAUGACCCUGCUCCCGGCAAAAAACCAGGCCUGGUUAUUUAUAUAUUGGGACCAGUUUCUGGCAAAUGCAGUCCUACCAUUUGGGAGGGCUGGGACCAUCUUUAUCUUAAUUGAUUAACUUGGUUUUGUCCAGCAGGUGAACUUUUAACUUUUAAUAUUAUAUUAUUAAAAUCUUCCAGUCAAGACUCCCGUGGUCAACAGCAGACAGGCUCCUGUUACUGGAUCAAAUAACUUCAAGGAAAACAAUCCACCUGAUGGUAAGAAUAUUUCACUACCACUCUUAAUGGGCAUCUUUGUACAAUAUCUAUUGUCAUAAUUUGUCACUCUCUGAGAACUUUUAAAUCUGUGGAAGAAACCCUAUGGUGCUACCAUUCAAGUGAAACCUUUAUGGCAGAACUUUUGCAUAGUACUAUUGGAUUUCUUUGGGUUUCACGAAAAGAAAUAUUUGACUUUGGUGAAUAUACACUACAUUAGAAUCCUCAUUUCUUGAACUGUACGUCUUGUUUUAUGUUCACUUAAUUUUUGGCAAGUCACAUUUUAUGAUGAUUAAUAAUUUAAGCAACUUUUAAAUUAAUUACAAUAGGUAAAGUUUGCUGCCUUACAGUUGCUUUGAAAUUAGACACAAAUGUUGUCUUGCUUGCUUUGUAUAAUUUUAAAAACUAACUUGUGUUAUUAGAAAAUUAAACUAAGACAAUAUGUUUUUUUUAAAAAAAUCUACUUAGAUAAUAAUAUACAUGUACUGCUGUCAGAAAAAAGAAUAAUAGAAAUCAAUAUUAAAACUGUUCAAUUUAUUACUUUUUUGCACAUUAGCUGGAAAGGAAAAGGGAAAAAUAUCCCUUACCUGUUUGGCAAUAGUCUAUAUUAUGCAUAACUAGUAAGAAACUGUAGGAUCUUGACUUUGUCUCAACAGGUUCAUACAGGUACCUUGAACAUAGUGCUUGUUUUAUUCUUGAUUGUGCAGUGGCCACAGUUGGUGACUGCUUUGUUUUCAGUACCAUGAUUUUCUUUGUUUUUUCCUCUUUUCAAAGUUCAUGAAGAUAAGAAUUAUUAUCAAAAUGGUAUUCGUAUAAAAUUAUAUGUGCUAUGAAACAUAACCUAGAGUGCAGAAUGUAGAGUAAUAAAAUUAGUUGAGGAAAGCAAAGAGGGUAUGGCUGCAUAUAAGAUAUUGGCCUGCUGUUCUAAGCAAAGGUUUUCACCACAAUACUAUAAUAAUAUUACUUGAUGGAGCUUCCAUCUUGCUGUGCACAGAAGCAUUCUUUUUUUCCUUACUACCAUCAGUCCCUAAUUUUGACUCAAACUAACUCUAAAAGAAGCAUGGUAACUACAGCAUAUUUUAUUAACAUUCAUAUCUAGAACUAAUUUUUAUAUAAGUGUCUCAUUCAGUAAACACAAAUUAUUAUUCUGACUCUUAAAGUGUAUGAUGGAUUUCUUUUAAUUGAGGUUCUAUAAAACAUGAAUAAGGUUAUCACUAUGUACAGUUACUCACCUGUUGAAAGUUCAUGUGGAGAUAUUGCAUUUAUGCCAGACACAACACAAAGGUAUUCAGCCUUCUAAGUUUUUUUCUCAAGAAACCAUCUCUUUUGGGAAAGUAACAAAGUGUACUUAUGAGUCGGCGUAGGUCAACAGCUGUGUACUAUAGAUACCAUACAGGUAGACAUUUUUAUGUAUUUUUAUUUUUUGUUGGCUUCUUUCAACUGAGUGCCUUUUUAAUUCCUUUUUGAGCAUCAUAUCUCAGUUGCGGGUUGAAGGAUUUUGUGUUCUCACUAGCCAUCCAGCUUGUGAAUAAUACUGACUUUUUGCAAGCUCUCUAGUUACUGUACACAGUUCAGAUAACCUCUUCAGUUCCUUUGAAAUCAAAAAGGCUCAACAACUUAAUUAACCACCACAAAUGUUUAGAAAAACGUAGAUUUAAUUCUUCAGCUGUCCAUUUGUGACAGCGAAGAUUCUGUUUUGUAACCCUUAUUAACACUACCAACACUGCCGAAAUUUGAGGCAAACUCCAAAUUUCAUAAUAAACUAGUCAUUAAUUUCAGGUCAGGUUUACUCAAAAUUAAUAUGGCUAGAGGUAAGUUUGUACACAAGGCUUUAGACUCAAAGGCCAAGGUUUGAGUCUGCCCCAGUCGUUCCUGGUGGUGUGUGUUAGUUUUUCCUUUAGUGAUGAGAUAAUUAGAUCUCAAUUAAUUUUUUGCACUAACACUUUGUACUCUGAUGAAUUUCAUGGGAACAUCUAGCUACUGAUAUCUUUUUAAUUUUUUUUCCAAGUACAGCUUUGACUUUAGUCCAAACUACCUCUUUUUAUAAGCAGCCACUCAAGGUGUUGCUCACGUUAUCAGGGUGCCAAGAAAAUAAAUUUUUCAGUGUUGCUACUGAAGAUGUACUAGCCCAUAACCAUUUAGUCAAGUAUACCUUCAAGUACAGUGUAUAUUAUCCAUGCAGUGGCCCAACUACAAAAUCUACCAACUCCGGGGGUUACCCAAUGUUGAAUUUGUCUUACAUUGCACAGUGAUGGUGCUUGGGCCAUACUAUGAUAGACUUUAUACUAUCACAACCAGGUAGAGAAACAAAGGAAUACUUUUAGGUGCAUCAUAAUUGUGACAGAAAUAUGAAUAAACUCCACAGGACCAUAAACUCCAUUGGACCCUAGGGGUUGACCACAACAGCUUUAGCUAUGGAUGAAAACCCUUAUUUAAUAUUAUUAACUUUUUAAUUUGCUCUUUUUUGAAAGGAUCAGGAGUGUUCUCACCAAUAAGGAGCAACUUAUCGUUAGCCUCAAGCACUGAGCCACAGCAGUCGGUCUCUUCGACCAUCACUGUACCAGACUCACCAAGAACUCUUGGAGUGACGACAGCAUCAGUAUCAACACCCCCUUCUUCAAAAUAUGCUCGCUCAUCUACUAGGUCUCUCACAGAAGUAGGUACAGUAAAGGAACGAUCACAUGAUGGUAUGUCCAAAUCACACUCAGACACGAAACUUAUCACCAGACCCCCGCCUGAUGCUAGCCUUGGUGGGAACCUGAUACCAAGUUCUACUAGGCACCAGUCUCAAGGAGAGUAUUCAUCGGGGAAAUCACAUGUUACAGAGUUGGAUGGAGAUGACAGACAGCCAUUCAGUGGGUCUUUACCUAGCUCAGGAAACAGUCGACCAUCAAAAGUACCACAUGUAAGUAAAACAGGUGCAAAGAGGUACUGACCGAUAUUGAUAAUGCUGGUACUAUGCCCCUAUAUAGCCCACUGCACUUUCGGGUCAAAUUUGUUAUGCCAUGUUUUUUUACUCAUUUAAAAAAAAACUCUUGCCUCAUUUAGCUUGCAGUACAAACAAAAGAAACCUAUUGUUUCCAACAGGAAUGUAACUACCAGAGCAAUGAGUGUAUCGGGUUCCAAGUGAAGUGAAUUGAGUAAUACAAUGUUGCCUUUCUGUGCGAAUUUGCAUCAUUUUGAACAUUAUUUCAUUCCGAAUCAGUGUUCACCACAUGAAAAUGGAUCCUUUCUAGCAAGAUCUACCCAGAUGUAAAGUCACUUUUUGUAUUUAGUAAUCCCCAGUUUCUACUAACCAUGUUCAGUCUUAUGUGCUGUGUGUUGUUAUAACAGUCCCCACUUGGAUCCCCUUCUCAAUCCAGAAGGACAGUAGAAGCAGCAGGAGUAGCAGAUCAGUUCUUAGCUCACACUCGAACAGAGUUACAAGGAGGUAAACACAAUAAUAUUAUUAUAACAUUUGAUGUGUUGGGUAUCAGGCUGACUAUUUCCUACUCAAUUCAGGUUAAAAUUUUUAACCCAGGUUAAUUCUCAUUUUCUUUUGUCUCCUAGCCUUAAUUCAUGAAUAAUUAGGGCUUGGAGACAAAGGAAAAUGAGAAUCAAUCUAGGUUAAAAAAACUCAACCUGAAUUUGGUUUUCACCUGUAACAUAAUAGUUAGGUACGUUUGCUUUCAUGAUCAUUAUCAUCAUGAUCAUGAUCAUCAUCAUCAUCAUCAUCAUCAUCAUCAUCACUACGUAAGCCGUACACUUGUAUUGAUCUGAAUGUAAGUGUUGUAUAUUUAUCAUUUUUUCACUAUCAACAGCUCAAAGUUUGAUAUUUGACAGCAUAAAACACAGUAUAGAGCCCUUACCAAGUGGAGCUGUCGCGAUGGCACCUCCAAAUGAAUCUGCAACGGAUGAGGCAGGUGCUUCCAGUGAUACAGCUGGAAUGUUGCCAUUUCAAGUGCAGUUCAUUAAGAACUUAAUUGAUGAAUCACUGGAUGAGUUCAGGUACAAAAAACUCUCAAUAAGGUUCACUGAAAAUAAGUCAGUUUAAGGAAUAAUGAAUAUUUUGUCAAGGUAUUCGGGGUUAGAUGAUGACACCUCAAUGUCUUGUUUUCAGGGUGGCAAUUCAUAGGGAUUUUGUUAAUUUACAAGUGGAGAUGCUGAGGCAGUUUCAAAUUCAGCAAGUAAGUUAAAACUUUGACAUCAUUUCUUUGUUGCGAACCCAUUAUCCAUAGCCCACAUGAAAGGUGCUGCAAAGAAGUUGAUAAGCUGUAACAGUCAAUCUCUGCCUUGGUUCCUUUAAUAGGAGCUUUUAACACUUCCUAUAAUACUGAUCCAAUUUUAAUAGAGCAUUAUACACCAUGCUUAGAAUAACCUACAAGUAAGCCUUGUUUAAGUGCAUAAUCAACAGUAAGUCUGCAGUAUACAUUCUCUUUCCCUCUCUAUUCACACCCAUGUCAUGCACCUGAUGGCUUCUGUUUAGUUCACCCACUUGCAGCAAUAACUGAAUUGUUGGGGAAGGUCAUUGUCACAUACAAUUAAACAUUUACAUACAUUCACUGAAAGUUACAAAGUCAUUGAUUCUUCUGGUAUGACCAUGUUGACGUCUUGGAAGUUGGACCCUUAUAUUGUAAUGAAACUCAAUAGGGCAGGAGAGGGAAUGAUGUUCUUAAGGGGGGACAUUUGGCGUGCAGUAGCCAUAAACCGCUUACAAGCUCCUACUCUUCUCUCACUAAGAGACUCCAGGCCGGCCAAGACCAAGGCUUCUGUAUAUGAUUUUGUCCCGUCUCUUCACAGAGCUUGCCCACUGUCUGGUGAACUUGUGUAUAUAUAUAAUGAUAUUAAUUAUUUUAUAAUGUGUCUUUUUUUCAAUGAUUUGUAUCUUUAUUUAGAGCAAGUUGUAAUUUAAUGUAAAUUUUUAUCCUAAAUCUGGGUAACAUGCAUUGUUUUAAACCAUAACUGAUUAUUUUAGCGGUGCCAAUGUUUGCAUCUUUUGUAACAGAAUGAAGUGAAAGGAAUCAUAGAAAAGUAUUCAGUAAAUGAAUCAUUGGUGAAAGAGAUUGAGCGACUCAAGGAGGAGAACAACAGACUGAAAUCUAAAUACUAAUGAUAAUGUUUGGUGAGAACCUGUUAAAUUAAGCUUAUACCUAGAUAAGUAUCCAUCAUCAUCAAGGUGAGGGAUUCACUGGACUAAUUCCUUCCUUGCAUAUUGGCUUCUAGGAGAACAAUGGCUCAACAUUCCUUUGAGUCAAAAAAUUAUGGAGUUUUCCUGUCUUGUUACUAUAUUUCUGCAGUGGCUGCAUCAGCAUUUACUUUGCGCAUUCUGCAGCACUUGUCUCAAACUGGUACUAUUCAGUAUGUUUUCCAUUAUGCUUGUGUUAAUGGUUAAAGGACACAGGAACACUAACUUUGACUUCUCAGAGUGAUUUUACUUGACCUGUGAAACAGAAAAUACCAACUAGUGCAAAAUAGCUACAAGUAAACAAAAGGCAACUUUUUCGCUUGCUUUGCGAGCAUUUCUUGCGAAUUGGUGCUUGACUCACGCAGUCGACUUGCGGCAAGUCUAGCAAAAGAAGACAAUGGAAUUAUUAGUGCGUAAUAGCACGUAAUAAUUAUUCUACUACCUAUUUCACUGGUAAAGUAAUAUCACUCUAAUAAUGUUAUUUAUAAUAAAUAUUAUUAUAUAUUUUAUUUUAUACUUACUAUCAUAAACCAGAAACUAAUAAUGAUUGAGAGAAUGUUUACUUCUCAACUAGACUGGAUCUCAAUCUGGUUAAAACAAAAAUAAUGCAUACAGAAUCCAACCAAGUCUGUUCAACAAAACUGUUCAAUAAUUUGUAGAGACAAAGUAUCUUGAUGCUGUGGUAAACAUUAAGGGGCCCCAAGCCCCUGCCCCCUCUCCUAGAUCUCUGAGAGAGAUAUUCACUUUUAUAAUGUGGCUUCCAAACUUACUUGAAUUAAAAAAAGGUGGCCUGCAUAGCAGGUACAAAAAGGGCGGAGGGGAGGAGAAGAAAAGCACAUAAGGGAAAUGGAAAAGGGGAGCAUUAGCUGCUUUAAGAGUCAGUGUUAUUACAUUAUGCCCAUCAAUAACCUGAUUAUUCUGAUGGUGUUCCUUUUUCCUCUUUACCCAUUCCCCCUUAUUUUUUCUCUUUGUCCAGAUCCCCCACCCCUUUCAACAUCUGCCACCCAGGCUAUUUCUGUUCUAAGGUAAUGAAAUAGUUUUGAAUGUGGUUAGAAAAUUUUUUCAGUUGACUUUCAGACAAUGUUAGGUAUUUAAUCAAAUCAAAAAACCAGACAAAAGAAAGAUUCAGAAUAGACUAUCAUCAACAAAAAAAAGCUGCUUUAAUAUUAUUAAUAAUUGUGU